GCAAACUAGUCGGUUUCUCCAGCCAAUAGGCGACGGUUACAACCAGGCACGCCCACUAGCAGUGAUGUUUUUAUUUUAAUACAGGAACAGUUCGCUUUGUUUAUGCAGGAGAGACAUGGUUGCAGUUACUGGUGAUAUUAUAGCAUUUGAUCACUUGUUUAAAAUAUUUAGGUUGGAUUGAAAUGUUUUUCUAAUAUAUUCAUGUGUUUAUUACCUGCCUGGAGUUCCGAUACAGUUCUUAAUUUGAGAACAGAAUGGCGCGUGUUGUCGUAGCUGGAACAUUUUAAUGUGAUUAUUUACUGAGAAAACAAACGCGUUUAAGUAUUAGCAAAACUCUGCAGGAUUCUGAAAGACGAAAGUUUACUCCUUGUUAAGUAAGACGAGUCUGUUUGUCUAUAGAUAUCACUCCAGAAGAAGUGUGGACUAUUUUAAUGGGAAUUCCCCAGUAACAAAUACCACAUAAAACCAGAACGCGUGUUUCUGCAGCAACUGGAUUCCGCUGGACUAAAAACCAGUGAAGAUGGACUUCAGUGUCUCCGUGUCGUUCUUUCAAGACGAGCUCGCCUCUACCAUCGAGCACGCAGUGAAAGCGGCUGUAGACACCGUCUUGUGCCAAAUCACAAAAGUUGUCGGCGGCAAAUUCACUGAAUUCCGAAUGGAAAUGGCUGGAAAGGAGAAAGAGAAUGAAAGUCUGAAGCUGAGAUUGGAAAUAUCAGAGAGCGAGUUGAAAGCAGUGCGGGAAUGCAUGAACGCUGCAGAUGCAGACAUUAAACAACCUCUCAGAAACAUGAACCCCGACUGCAAUGAACAAGACUUUCAGAGGAACGAGAACCAGGGGUUAUUUCAAGAUCCCAAGGAGAGCCAUGCUAUGCCUAAAUCUGAAGCACAGGAGGGGCCAAGGAUAGAAGCAGUUUACACACAAGAGGAAUCAUUUGACCAGGAGUGGUGUGCAAGUCUAAAGCAGGUUACAGAGCUGAGAUUUGUUAAAGAUGAAGAGGUCCUUCAAAUUGAAUGUGUUACUAUUAAAGAGGAAUUCAUAGAACAGGAAUGUGUCCCCAUUGCAGAGGAAGUUCCUACUGAAAAUAAUGUCUGUACACUUGAGGAGAACAACCAGCUGGGAUCCAGCCUGUGUGAUGACUGUCCACCUGAAUGUGAACUGGGAUUUAGAGCCGAUAAAGGAAAUUUCACAGGAAAGGCUCCAUUUUCCUGUGCUGAUUGUGGGAAGGGUUUCAGUCGUUUAUCACGGCUUAAAAUCCACCAGCGCAUUCACACAGGAGAGAAACCUCAUCACUGCACUGAGUGUGGGAAGAGAUUCACUCGUUUAUCAGACCUUAAAAGACACCAACGAAUUCACACAGGAGAGAAACCAUACCACUGUAAUGAAUGUGGGAGGAGCUUCACUCGAACAGAUAAACUUAAAACACACCAACUAAAUCACACAGGAGAGAAAUCUUGAAUGCUGAAUGUUGAGAGGUUUAACUUGGUGGGACAUUCUCACAAGGCAAAAACCCAGUCACAAUUAUUUAUUCCAGCAAUUUUCUUUUGCAAAACUCCAAGAAUGCUAUUUCAAAAGUAUUCAAACCCUUUGAUGCUAUUAUAGUAUUGUCUACAAGGUGCUUGAAAUUUCAAUAUGAUGAUGCAGAACCUAAUUCUAGAAGUCUGGAAAAUUCUGGAUUGUAGGUGAACAUUCUUAGAUUCUUCUAAAAGCGUUAGGCACAGGAUGAUUACCAAUAAGACAAUAUGGGAAUAUACAGACAGAUCUUUUUUGUGCAAGUUUUUUUUUUUUUUUAAUUGGCCUUUGUGCUUUUUUUGUGAUCACAUUUUUAUAAUGAAAUGAACAAAACAGUUAGCAAUCACACAAUCACACACUCUUUAUAAUUUGUUGCAGUACUUCUACCUCUCCACUAGACAGCACUCAGAUACCACCUCUUAAGAGGUCCAUGUGUUAUUCCAUUAUAAUUAGGGCUUCUAGUUUUUGGGUUUUAUUUUCCAUCUCUCUCCCUCCCUUUAAACCUUAAUUAAUAGUUGUUAAGCCUUAACUGAAGACCAGAUUGUUUAAAUUAGCGACUCACUACUAGAAACUAACGCAGUGGAAACUAAUAAGCUGAAUGCAGCGAUUAGAGGCAGAUUGAAACGCAGGUUCAAACACAAUCAGGAGAGAUCAAUGCACGUCGUUUGUGAACUCCAUCAAGAUACAAGGGUAAAAAGAAACCACUUCCUUUGGGAAUUAGUGUGUGAUUAAGAAAGUGAAUCGGCUCAAAAUAUGUUUAAAGGGACAUCAUGUGAUCAAAAAUAAAACCUGAAAACUAGAAGCCGUAAUUAUGUUACAGUUGUAGUUCCUCUUUCUCCCCAGUAGAGUGUGCUAAAAGCCUGUUUCUUCACGUGUCUGCAGUAUUUCCAUCCUCCCCUCCUUGGUCACCUUGUUCUCAGACAGGCUGCUAUAGAGCCCCCAUCUUCAAGCUCCUGAACCCUUUUGGCAGCUAAGUCCCUCCCUGUUGACCUUGUAAUCUGAGCAAACACACAUCAAUGCUGCAGUAAACAGGUAUUUUCAUUGGCAGUACACUAAGUUAAAGAAAGUUCUCAGUUUGUAUCCCUUACUUUGAAAUGUGUUACACUUCCAAAGUCAUUUCUGCUCAGCAGUGUCUUCUGGGUCAGAGCGUGUAACAGUCAAUAAGGGAAGCAGCUGGUUAAUUCAGGACAGGAAAUUAGCCGUUGAAGUGCAACACUCUCUGAAAGCCUGGCUUGCAAACAGAUUUCUUUUAACUGAGAAUAGAAACAGAUGUAAUGAUUUAAAAUAACAUGUUUUUCUUUUAAAACUGCACAUCUGAUACCUAUAUAAUGAUUGGAAAUACACAACCGGUGAGAUUUAUGGAAUUAUUGUGUUAGAUACAAACAAUUCAAAUUCAAGUGUUUUAAAUAAAACAUUAACUAGCACACACUGCCCCCCCCCCCACCCCACCCCACCCCACCCCACCCCACCCCAAAAAAGUGUAGUAAUGGAUUUUAACUAAAUAAUAUCUUAACUAGCACAGACUGCAAGGCUCAAGUCGGACCCCCCUAAAAAGUAUAGUAAUUGAUUUAACUAAAUAAGAUAUUAAAAUACACCAAUACAAUGUUUCCUAUGACUGUUGCCCCUCAAACUGCACGAGGGAACACCUCUAAUGAAAGAGACACCCAACACACUAUGACACCCUAGGGUUGAAAUGUGAAAUAAAAAAAUAUUAACACUAAUUAAUAUUAAAUUAAUAAUAGAGACUGAAAUCUGCUAUGAUGUGUGUUUUGCCCAAAUUGUUUUUUUGAUACAAGUUAGAAGAAACAAUAUAUACUGAUGCACAAUGAAAACGCAGCAGUCUAAGUUUUACAAUAUAAGGCACAUACAUAAUGUUAUUUGCAUUUUAAAUAGUGAGCAGAUAGGUUUGUUGAUUUGUUCCUUGGGAUAACAAUAUACUGAGCUCAAGUCAUGUGAUUUCAUAAAAACACCAGGUGCUCAGUGUUUGUUAUUUGAGUUGAGUUAAAAUUGCCAAAAUGAGUUGAUUAAGAAUCUGUAUAAAUAGCCAUUUGAAAAGAUUUAAUUAAACGCAAGAACAGUGAAGAUCGCCCGGCUUCUAUCGGCAUGAUUGAAGGCGGCCUGUCUGUGAGAGAAGUUGCCCGGACUCAACAAUUAGCAGACUAGUCCAGAGAAACCAGGAAACCGGCUCUGUGAGGGACAGGCCACGUCCUGGAAGGCAGAGGGUCACCACACCGGCUCAGGACCGUUAUGCUGACUAAUGCGUUGUUCAAGCCAACAGUGGGGCAACCGCGACCAGCCAACCUUCACCAGCUGGCUGCAGCUGCACAGGAAGAGCGUCAGAACAUCCCACAGCAGACUAUCCAGAGGCUGAUCAGGUCUGUGCGUCAACGCUGCAGGAUUGAGUUAAUGCUCAGGGAGGUCAUACCCAAUGCUAACUUUGUAAUGUGUUCAUUUUGACAGUGUGUCACGUUUCAUACUGAAAACUUUUCAUGAUUCUUUGAUCUGUGAUUUUGUUUGAUCUAAAUUUAAAAUAUUUGAUUAAAUCCAUUAGACUUGAGUGAUGCGGUUUUUUUGUGCAUCUAUAUAUCUCUAAAUAUAUCUAUAUAUAUCUCUAUAUAUAUAUAUUAGUAGAAAAUAUGGAUACUAAAUAAAAGUCUACAACCGAAAAGUGUGUCAAUUAUUCAUACUUUAUUCAUUAAAAGAAGGUAAAAACAGGUACGCUGAUGUGUUUCGACGUGUUGUCUUCAUCAGAGUGUAUUGAAAGCAGGACUCAUUAGAUAUAUUAAAUGCACCCGGUACUCAUUGUCAUUUAAAAGCAUUAUCCGAUUAGAUAGUAAUAGUAAUCUAGCAAUCAAUGCAUUCAAUUCACAUUCCAGAUACUUAACAAUCUGCUAUAUAUUGUAGUGGCAGCGUAUCUGAUCCGCAGCAGGAAGAAAUGGAGACGGCACAGGAUGCAGUUUAAA